UUUCAUUUUAUUUCAUCAUCUCCAGAGGGCAUUUUCCUCCGAAACGAUCCAAUCUCCAGAUCUAGGGUUUCUCAAUCCCUAAUUCUCAAUUCCGCUCGGAUUUGUCCGAUUCAUCGGUUGAAACCACCAUCGUCGAGCCUCCCGGGCCAGGGAUCCCCCCUCCGCCGCUUCAGCCGAUUGCAGUUGUAAGGUCGGUUCUGACAUUGAAGCUCGAGGUGGAACUCUCAAAAUGCCUGUGAAAACAGCCCAAUUGUCGUUUCGAGAUCGGACGCAGGAGUUCCAGGGCAUAGCGGAGAGGCUUAAGAAGUCGUUCUCGUCCGGAUCAGGGCCUAAUGGGCCGAGCAGCAGCAGCAGCAGCAGCUCGAAGUCGGAGGAGCAGAGGUCGGCUGUCGCGAUGCAGUCCGAGUUCAACCGGAGGGCUUCGAAGAUCGGUUUCGGGAUACAUCAGACAUCGCAGAAGCUUUCGAAGCUAGCAAAGUUGGCGAAGCGGACCUCAGUAUUUGAUGAUCCCACAAUGGAAAUUCAGGAGCUUACUGCUGUUAUUAAGCAGGAUAUCACUGCUCUGAAUUCUGCGGUGGUUGAUCUUCAGCUUUUGUGCAACUCUCGGAAUGAGGGCAGUAUCUCUAGUGACACUACAAGUCAUUCAACCACUGUUGUGGAUGACCUAAAGAAUCGCUUGAUGAGCGCCACAAAAGAGUUCAAAGACGUUCUAACCAUGCGAACAGAGAAUUUGAAAGUUCACGAGAAUAGAAGGCAAUUAUUCUCUUCCACUGCAACGAAGGAAUCCACAAAUCCUUUCGUUCGUCAACGUCCUCUAGCUGCAAAGUCAACUGGUAGUUCCUCAGCAGCGCCCCCUCCUCCAUGGGCUAAUGGGUCAUCUUCAUCAUCCCAGUUAUUUCCAAGAAAGCCAGGUGAUGGGGAGAGUCAGCCCUUGCUACAGCAACAACAGCAGCAACAGCAGCAACAGCAGAUGGUUCCGUUGCAAGAUAGCUAUAUGCAGAGUAGAGCUGAAGCACUUCAAAAUGUAGAGUCCACUAUUCAUGAGCUGGGCAGCAUCUUUAACCAGCUUGCGACCCUAGUUUCUCAACAAGGAGAGAUUGCCAUCAGGAUCGAUGAGAACAUGGAUGACACGCUAACUAAUGUCGAGGGCGCACAGGGGGCUCUGCUGAAGUACCUAAACAGCAUAUCUUCGAAUAGGUGGCUGAUGAUCAAGAUAUUCUUUGUAUUGAUUUUCUUUCUUAUGGUCUUCCUAUUUUUUGUGGCAUAGAUUGAUCACGACUUAGAACUCAACAAGAGAAAAAGUGAUGACUCUGUGUUCACUAGUGAGGAGCCCGAGGUUUGUCCCUCAGUCCCUAUAUAUCGAAUAUAUUGUGCAUGUGCUCACAAAGAAUCAAUGUUGUUUCCCUUUUCUAUCUUUUCUUUCCUUCCUUUUCUCUUUUUGCUGUAUUUGUACGUGUUGAUGCAUAUAACUGGGCAACCCGUGGAAAUGGCGAAAUGGUAAAAUUUUUGUGCUGUA